GCUUACGAAUCUGUUCUCCCUCCAAGAUCGUUCCUUUUCCACUUCUCGAUCCUAAUCAGGGUGGAAAAGGGCUCACGAUAUCACCAAAAUCCCAUCUUGUUGCUGUUCUUAGAUCGUCCCGGGCCGGGCUCGUCGGAGAAACUGCCUCCUCAGCGAUGGUGAAGGGAGCGGUCGCGACGGCGGUGACUUGUGCUGCGGCGGCGUGCGCGGUGACGGCCCUCGUCGUGGGUCAGCGGGCGCAGAGCUCCGUCCGCUGGGAUCACGUUGACGCCGUGGUGAGAGAGCUCGAGGAGAGCUGCGCCACGCCCAUCAAGAAACUGAGGCAGGUGGCGGACGCGAUGGCGGUGGAGAUGCACGCCGGACUCGCCUCCGAGGGCGGCACCAAGCUGAAGAUGCUGAUCAGCUACGUCGACAACCUUCCCACCGGGGAUGAGACAGGACUGUUCUAUGCAUUGGACCUUGGCGGAACCAACUUCCGGGUCCUGCGAGUGCAACUCGGAGGGAAGGAGGGCCGAGUUGUCAAGCAAGAAUUCGAGGAGGUUUCAAUUCCUCCACAACUCAUGACUGGAGGCUCAGACGAACUGUUUGAUUUUAUCGCUUCGGCUUUAGCGCGGUUCGUCGCUUCUGAAGGCGAAGACUAUCACCUUCCUGUUGGUAGACAGAGGGAGCUCGGCUUCACCUUUUCUUUUCCGGUGAGGCAAAUCUCCAUAGGAUCAGGCACUCUUGUUAAAUGGACAAAAGGUUUCAAUAUCGAUGCCACGGUAGGGGAAGAUGUGGUGGCUGAAUUGGCCAGGGCCAUGGAGAGACAAGGCCUUAAUAUGCGAGUGUCGGCUUUGGUUAACGAUACGAUCGGAACGUUGGCCGGGGGGAGAUACCAUGAUGAAGAUGUAGUUGCCGCAGUGAUAUUGGGCACCGGCACGAAUGCAGCUUACGUAGAGCGAGCCGAGGCGAUUCCUAAAUGGCGUGGACUCUUGCCCAAAUCAGGAGACAUGGUUAUCAAUAUGGAGUGGGGAAAUUUUAGCUCAGCUCAUCUACCUGUAACAGAAUAUGAUCGAGCAUUGGACGAUGAGAGCUUGAACCCCGGUGAACAGAUUUACGAGAAGUUGAUCUCCGGAAUGUACUUGGGAGAGAUAGUACGAAGAAUUCUCCUGAGAUUGGCCAAGGAAGCUGCCCUUUUCGGAGAGACUGUGCCUGAAAAACUACAAGUUCCAUUCGUACUGAGGACUCCGGUGAUGUCUGCCAUGCAUCAUGAUAGAUCAUCCGAUCUUGAUGUUGUUGGGACAAAACUGAAAGAUGAACUGGGGAUAUCGAGCACUUCUCUCCGAGUCAGGAAAGUGGUGGUUCAGAUAUGUGAGGUCGUCGCAAGACGCAGCGGACGCUUAGCUGCCGCUGGGAUCGUCGGCAUCAUGAAGAAGGUUGGCCGUGAUGAUGCAGGGGAGGAAGGGAGUCGCAUUCCGAGGACAGUUAUCGCGAUGGACGGAGGACUUUACGAGCAUUACGCGAUGGUCAGUGCGACGGUGCAGUGCACGGUGAAGGAGAUGCUAGGAGAAGAGGCCACGGCUUCGGUCGUCAUCAAGAUGGCGAACGAUGGCUCCGGUGUCGGAGCGGCUCUCCUUGCUGCCUCGCACUCUCAGUACCUGGAGCUUGAGCAGUCCCAGUGAGGCCUCUGUGACACUGGCCCUGUUUCAUGGGAAUUCGAUUCUCUGUUUAAGAUUGCUGUAAGCUAUAAUAAUGGAGGCGGCCACGCAUGGCCUUCCCAACUCACGCAAGGAAGAAGAGAGGAUGCUCAUGUUGAUUAUCAUGCAACAUGACUGCUCAUUGAGUUUCACUUUUCUUUUUAAAACAAGUCCGGGUUUUGUCCGACUAAUCCUAAA